UUUCUAUUCGAAUCAUCGAAGCAAAUAAGAAAAAGAAGAAGAAGAAGAAGAAGAAGAAGAAGAAGAAGAAGAAGACCUUUGAACUUGGAUACCAUAAUCAAAUAUAUCAUCAAUACAAAAGAUUACAAAUACAACAUAAACAAAAGCUACACCCUUGCUGCAGCUGCAGGCACCGCUGCAUCUCUUACUUUCUUUUCUUUCUCUAAUCUCUACCAACAAUGGGCAUUAAGGGUUUAACGAAGCUUCUAGCAGACAAUGCACCAAAUGCAAUGAAGGAACAGAAACUCGAGAGCUAUAUCGGUCGCAAGAUUGCCAUCGAUGCCAGCAUGAGUAUUUACCAGUUUCUCAUAGUGGUCGGCCGUAGGGGCACUGAAAUGCUUACUAAUGAGGCUGGCGAAGUUACCAGUCAUCUGCAAGGCAUGUUUACUCGCACAAUUCGACUUCUUGAAGCCGGAAUGGAACCUAUCUACGUUUUUGAUGGACAUCCACCUGAUUUGAAGAAAAAAGUGCUAGUAAAACGUUACUCGAAAAGGGCAAAUGCUACCGAGUAUUUGCAGCAAGCCAUGGAGACUGGCAAUAAGGACGACAUUGAAAAGUUCAGCAAACGGACUGUAAAAGUCACAAAGCAGCACAAUGAAGACUGCAAACGGCUAUUAAGACUUAUGGGGGUGCCUGUGAUUGAGGCUCCUUCAGAAGCAGAGGCCCAAUGUGCUGCACUUUGCAAAUCAGGAAAGGUUUACGCUGUUGCUUCUGAGGAUAUGGACUCUUUAACAUUUGGAGCUCCUAGAUUUCUUCGCCAUUUAAUGGGCCCUGGCUCAAGAAAAGUUCGGGUCUUGGAGUUUGAAGUUGGAAAGGUUUUAGAGGAGCUGAAUCUCACCAUGGAUCAAUUCAUUGACUUGUGCAUCCUUUCUGGAUGUGAUUAUUGUGAGAGCAUUCGUGGUAUUGGGGGACAAACAGCUUUGAAGCUAAUUCGUCAACAAGGGUCUAUAGAGCAUAUACUUCAGAACAUAAACAAAGAGAGGUACCCGAUUCCUGAUGAUUGGCCAUAUGAGGAGGCUCGAUAUCUUUUUAAAGAACCAUUAGUCUGCACCAAUAUUGAGCAAUUUGAGAUGAAGCGGAGUGCUCCAGAUGAUGAAGGGCUGAUUACCUUUCUGGUGACUGAAAAUGGGUUCAAUAGUGACAGAGUGACAAAGGCAAUAGAAAAAAUUAAAGCAGCCAAGAACAAGUCAUCACAGGGCCGGUUAGAGUCAUUUUCUAAGUCAGUUGCUAACACAUCUAUACGAAUUAAAACGAAGGCAACCAAGUCCAUGCUUCAAUUUCCCAAAUCGAUGUUCAACUCUAAGAUAUUCUCUCCACAAGACAGUAUCUGUUCCAGGCCCAAGGGUUUCAGCACCAUGGCACCACUGUGUUUGCAUUUCAAGCACUCCAUGGUAUUUUCUAGAGGUGUCUGCUAUGGCAUAUGAAGCUACAAAUCAUGGUGAACCUAAUAGUAAACCUGUGCUCAUCUCUAUUUGUUGAACAUCCAGGAAAUGCACAUGGUGCCAUUAUUGCGGUUCUUAUCAUCAUUAAUAUGUUAAUAGUGUUAACGAUAGGAAAGUAAGUCUAGCACAAGAAACCUCCUGCCUUGUUCACUUUUAUCUGGUUGUUUACUUUGAUACUUUUGGUGGUAAAUGUCUGAGAACUAUAACUCUUUGUAGGCUUAGAGCUCUAUAUAUUCAGUGAUUGAUAAGUGUAACAAAGCUGAGUUUGGAUCAA